UAAAUAAUUGAUUGCAUUUUCUCUUGUGAUCCGUCACUGCGUUCACAGUCACCACCAAAAGGCGCAACCAUACCAUACCGUCCUAAGCCGGCUAUGCCUCCAGUGAUAUUCGCUGGCGGACAGGCCUACACAAUACAAGGACAGUACGCUAUCCCUCACCCCGAUUGUCACGGCUUAGUCGAGUUUCCCGCAUCGGGGCUGCAGAUCGGAAACACUGCUUUUCUGACCAAGUUGCAUAGACUGGCUCUACAGCAUGCCCCUCUCCUUCCCGGGCACAACGUUGGGACCCUCAACCCUCAAGCCCUGGCAACUUUGGCAGCAGCCAAUAGUAUGGGCCAACCCGGCGCAGCCACUCCUGCCCCAAUGGCCCCUUCAGCCGCAGCCACCACCGAGAUGAGUAUUCCCAAUGAUUUAAUCGGGUGUAUAAUAGGGAAGGGCGGCGCCAAAAUUAAUGAAAUUAGGCAACUGUCGGGCGCCACCAUUAAAAUCUCAAACUCAGAAGAAGGUUCAAAGGAUAGAGCGGUCGCCAUCUCAGGCACACCUGAGUCUAUAAAUCUGGCGCAAUAUCUAAUCAAUACGAGCAUGGAAUUACACAAGAACCUGACCCUCGACCCAUCCUUGACAGCCACCCCCGGCAGUGGCACUGCAAUGACCCGUUGCCUGUCCUCGAACCCAAUGGCAAUUCCUUUGACUCAAUUGGCUGCCGCAGUCCCCGCAACCGCCCUCUCGGGUGCCCUUUUCACGACUCACGACCUCAACAACGUCUUCAACGCUAGAAAUAUAAAAUCGUUGACAACCAAAAUCCGUGGCCAACCGACCGCUGCGACCGGCGCUGUCGAGAACGGCAACAAGAAUAAGACUGACCGCAAAUUCACGCCAUAUUAGACUCCUAUAGUCACUCACUAUUGGCGCUAAUAUUUGACUCUUUUUACACUAUUAUUAAUAUGAGUACUAAUAUUAAUAUUAUUAUUAAUUAUAAUUAAUGUCAUCACUAAUGAGACUUUGGGACCCGAUUCUAACGAAUCACUCUUUAAGAUGUAUUUUAUGAGAUAUUUGUAAAAUAUGAUUGAUAUAUAUAUUUAUCGGUUAUAUAAAGCAUACGUCUAUUUCACACUUACAAGUGUUGAAAUGUGUAAUGUGUUUGUCUUGAGAUCCAUUUGGAUCUGAAGGUGAAAAGUGCUCACAAUCUCUGGCCAAAUGUUUUCCCCAAUCUUUUAGUUUCCAGUCAUAAGUCUUUGUUGAGACGAAAUGGAUGUUUAUUUUAGUUUUUUUUGUAUUAUUUUAUUAUUAUUUAAUGUUUGCGUCACAUAUAUAACGAUUGUCGAGACCUUUCGAGUCUCGAUAUAGAGUCACAAUAUAUUCAUCGAAAUAUCAUAUUUUUUAAUUUAUACAGUAUUUCAGUAUUUGAGUUGUUUUUAAAUAGCGAUCAAAGAAAACCCGAGUGUCAGUUGAUUGUGAGCUCUGAUCCCAGUUUUGUCAGAAUCUAAUGUCAAUUGAGAACAAGACUGUGAUUUCAUUUCACUUAUAAUUUAAAUGAUUAAAAACACAAUAUAUAGAAAUUAGUUGUCAUGUUGUGGUCAUAACAAAUAAUUGAUUAAAUCGUUUUAAAUAUAUUUAAAAUGGUUUAAAUCGAUGUACAAAAGAAAGAAUAAUUUACUGAUUAGAUGAGC